AUGGAUGCAGAGGGGCGGGCCGAGAUGGAGUGUGGAGGUGGGAAGAAGGGACGCGUUGAGCGCGAGCCGCAUUACCGCAAACAACGACAUCCCCCCGCCAACGUCCAACGUCUCGACGCUGGUGUCCCUGUUCCAGAAGCAAGGGCUGUCGGUCCGAGACAUGGUGAUCCUCUCAGUCUGGCAGGUAGCCACACACUGGGGCUGGCACGCUGCACCACCUUCAAGCCCCGGAUCUACAACCACACGGGAACGCUGCGUGCCGACCCCGAGUUCGGCAGGGAGCUGCUGGUACGCUCCCGAAUCCACUGCCCGCGCUUUGGCCACGGCAACCAGACGCUGGCGCUCGACUACCAGUCCCCGCAUCGCUUCGACAACUACUACUUCCGCAACCUCCUGGAGCGCAAGGCCCUCCUCAACUCGGACCAGGUGCUCACGUACCAGUCGCCGCUCACCCGCGCGCUCGUCACCAAGUACGCCUACGACCAGCCCACCUUCUUCGCGCAUUUCGCCGCGUCCAUGAUCCGGAUGGGAGGCAUCAGGCCGCUCACGGGCGCCGCCGGACAGGUCCGGCGGAGCUGCCGCGCGAUCAACAGGGUGCGCUAG